AUCCUUUUGUUUUUCUUGUUUUGGUAAGUAUUUCGACGUCACAUCAAGAGCAAGGUCGCUAGGGGUGUGCGCGCUAUAGUACAGCCGAUUUCAAGAAUACGCAGUGGCAAGGAACCUCCCCAAAGAAGCUCAAAUAUUGCGGUAUCAGAGGUUUUUUCAUUCUUCUUGUUACAACAUACAGUGUCACGUUUGGGAACCAAGGAAAGGUGCACAACGAUAGGGAAUACCUAGACCAGAUGAACCUCAGGGAUCAAUAGAGGGUCCACUUUUAUGGUUUGCAAUCAUAUAUGAAAUGAGAAGAAAUAAUUUUCUUUGCUACAUCUUGACAGCUGACUGACACUCAGGCGCCUCUAGUGGCAGGGAAUGGAAGUAUCAACAACCCGUCUAGACAGCGUGAAGAAUCUCGUAAUGCUACUGAGAGCCAUCCAUUUCAAAGAUCAUGCAAUAAUAUUUAUGACUGACAGAGGACUCAAAGUUAGUGUCGAGGAUAGCAAGUGUGUACAGUUGAGCGCAUUUAUACAGGCAGAAGUAUUCGAGGAAUAUACAUUGACGGAAGAACAAGUCGUAUUGAAAAUCAAUCUAGCAAUCCUAAUUGAAUGCCUUAAUAUAUUUGGAAGUCAUAAUACAGCUUUGAAGAUGUCGUAUAGGAAAUACGGAUUCCCUCUGACCCUUCUAUUAGAAGAGGAUGGAGUUGUGACAGAUUGUAGCAUUCGUACCCAGGAACCAGAAGAAAUGUUGGAUUUUGAUAUUGAAAAUGCACAUGUACUAAACAAAGUGAUAGCUAGAGCUGAUAACAUGAAAGAUGUUCUAACUGAAUUGGACUCGACUAGUGAAUUUGUUGAACUUUUAUUGUCACCUGAUCCUCCCUACUUCCGUCUUGCUACAACUGGCAAUGCGGGUGAUACAAAGGUUGACAUUUCCAAGGAUAGUGACAUGAUUGAAUCUUUCAACUGCACCACAACUACUGUUUCAAGGUACAGGUAUUCUUUCAUCAAGUCUCUGCUGAAACCAUUGACUGUCUCCCGUAAAGUCUCAGUUCGAAUAGAUGAUCGUGGGCUCCUUUGUUUGCAGUAUAUGGUUCCUGCAGACAAGUACACUUGUUUCAUUGAGUACUUUUGUACACCUAUUGCAGAAGCUGAUGAUGACUGAAUAAUUUCCAACUGAUAACAAGUGGCUCAACACGUCUGACGAAGCAUUUCCAGCAACAUUUAUUGGAACUAAUGGUGCAAGCUACAAAGGACUUAUGAGGUGAAGGAGUGUGGAGAGACUGGAUUGGGGGUGGGGGGAGCAUAUCUCAAAAACUGCAGUUGACAUGUUCUAUGUGCUACAGAGACUAGUAUGAUACACUAAUGUUUGCAAAAACUGUUACAUAAAUGGCGAAACUGGAGAUGCCAGUGAAGAAAAUACCACAGAAAAUGUGACUUCUGAAUAUAAAUAUUAUGUAAAAUGUAUUCAAAUUCUUUAAAGAGCAGACAGCAAAGCUCUCACCACAUCAUUACCGAACACUGUGGAAGGGGCUGCUAAUUUUUACAGAAACAUGAGUAGACUGUGAAGGAUACUGCUGGACAGCAUUAGAAAAGAUAGUGAAGUUGAUUUUUUAAUGCCACAUAGAUAUCUUCUAUAUCAAAAGAAAACUAAAAUCUGUAUCUUUGGUUAAAGCAUUGUCCUCUGAAUAAUUGUAACAUGCUAUGAACAAUGGGCAGCACUUCUGUGUGUACUGUUGUAGAAUGCAAAUAAGCAUAAAAAAUUGCCAUACAGAGACAACUAAGACUCAGAUUUAUAUCCACCCUAUAGUAAAGAUUUGCUGCCUUAACAAAAAAAUUCCAGAAAUUUCUGUGAAUUGGGGUACCAUUUGGAGUGCUACUUUGGUGCAUUGCAGAGAUGAAGUUAGUUUCAUUUGAAAAUCUCAGUUAAUGUGUGAUUUUUGGUAGUAGUUCGAGGACUUUAAUUAAAGGGUGAACAGGAAAAAUUAAUUGAUGCACCCUUCGCUGUAGAUGGAUUAAUCUUCAAGAAAGUGCACAACUGCAAAUAGUUAAGGACUCUUCCUAAGGACAACAGACAGACACAGAAAUAGAUACACAUUUAACAGCUGCUAAAAGAACAUUUUACAGUUAACUCAGAAUUUUCUUCUACAUAUUAUUCUACUACAGUGUUGGUCAUAAUUUGUGAAUGUUAAACUAGGAAAAAAUAACAACUUUAGAUGCUGAAGAAGAGAAAGUUGUGCUGUGCCGGUCAUGCAAUAAAAUUAUUGAGACUACCUAAUAUAGCAUUCUUUAGAGAAAUGGAUGGAAUGCAACCAAGAGGAAGGUUCAGAAGCAGAUGGUGGCACAGCAUCUAAGAUGAUCAAGCAAGAAUGAAUAUCACCAGCAAAUGGACAGUCAGUGCAUUAGACAGAAAAUAAAUGGUUGAGGCAUAUGAUCAGUAAGACCCCUUUCAUAUAAAAGAUGACAAUAAACAGCAUUAACUGAAGUUAUAGUUGGGGAGAAAAAAAGAAAAACGAAGUUUUCUAGUCUAUGAUUACUUCCAUAUUACUGAAAUAUAAAUCCAGUGGAAUUGGUCUAGAAUAUAAUGAAAGAAAUAACAGCAACAAGUAACAUCUCCAUUAUAUUUCAUCCUUUGAAGGGACUAAAAUGAUUCUAAAUAAAUGUAUUUUCCAUAGAAAACUGUGUUGAAAAGUGUAUACUGAAACGAAAUGUAAGAUGGUAUUUGGGGUGAUCAGUUAGAAAGAUUAUUGAUAAGUAACAGAUUGGAAUUACCACCUUAGACAUUCAAUAUUUACGCUAAUAAUUCACCCACUGUCAGUAAUGUAUUGCAGUGGAGUGUACCUGCAGUUCUACUCUACUAUGAGCAGUAAAGUUCGUACUUCUUUCUGCCUGCACACAAGCAUAACUCUUUGGGCAGUUGCUUCAGUGACCAAUACUGUUAAAACUUACUACUCUGUUUAUUGUAUGCAUUGUUUGAUGUAACUGUUAUGUAUUUAUAUUUUGUGUAUUGAAAUAAAUGCCAAAAAUAAUGA